AUGUUUCCUGCAGCACAGAUGCUCUUUGCUCUGAGUAGCUUCCUAAGAUUGACAAUGGGUUUUGACAUUGGAUUAUCCACUAAGUGUGUAGCAAUACCUAUGGAGAUGGGCAUGUGCCACAGCAUUGGUUAUUCUGAAAUGAGGCUUCCCAACCUGAUGGGACACACAAGUAUGGCAGAGGUUAUUCCAAAAUCUGCUGAAUGGCACCACUUUGUGGAAACUGGCUGCCACCCUCAUGCAAGGACAUUCUUGUGCUCUCUGUUUGCGCCAGUCUGUUUAGAUACCUUCAUCCAUCCUUGUAGGAGUAUGUGUGUCGCUGUUCGUGACAGCUGUGCUCCUCUGCUCCUCUGCCAUGGACUGUCUUGGCCUGACAGUUUGGACUGUGAUCGUUUCCCUGCUGAUGAGGACAUGUGUCUGGCAUCUCUUAGCAAAGAAUACAAACAUAUUCAUAAAGAAUUGCCAAAGCCUAUAUGCCAGACCUGCCCAGCAGUGGAGGAAUUCUUUACACAGAAAAGAGUACUAGAUGUUUUCUGUGCCAACAACUUUGCGGUGAAGGUAAAGCUGUCCAAAAAGAGAACAGUUUCUGGUGAUCAGGAGUAUAAUAUUGAAUGCCAGGUGGAAUUCAUCAACCAGGGUUUGCUCUUGCCUUAUGAUACUCGGAAUAUGAUACAACAGUGGUUGCUUAUGAAUGAAAAUUGUACUCAGAGGAUGACCCAAACCUACCGCCCCAUGGUGUAUCUCAUUGUGGGGAAUAUUGAGGAGGGUAUCGUUUUAGUAAACCAAAUUUACCGCUGGCAGAGGAGGGACUCUCAGCUGACUUUGGCCACACGGAAGUGGAAACACCAUAAAUGUUUAUAA